UAUAGAAAUUUUGAUUGUGACAAAUUAAAAAAACAGCUGCAAGAUAUAAAAUUGCAAAAACAUAAACUCAAGUAUAUGACAAUGAAACUACAACUAGCGGCAACAAUGGAAGAAGAAAAAAACACGAGUAAUGAAAUUAAACAAAAAAUUCUUAAAGAAUCAUUUGAUGAGUACACAAAUAAAGCAAAAGAAUGUUCUUCAAGAUUAAAAACGGAUAUAAUAGAAAAGCGAGGUAAAGAAAAGCUAUCAGAGAUUAAUAAGGAUAAUGCAGAUCUGAAGUUGAAACUACAGGCAGCAACAGACUCAAAAGACAAUAUGAAUUUGAAACUAUGUCAAAUGGAAAGUAAUCACACUAUAUUACAGAAUAGAAAUGCUGCAAUACUUAUUCGUCUUCGAAAAAGUCUACAUGAUGCUGAAUGUGAAAGAAGAGCAAUAAAAGAAAAAUUAUACAGUCUGAAACUGUCAAAAUAA